GCCCUCGCGGCCUGCCCGGGGAACGUUCCAUGCGCCGCGGCGGCCAAUCGGAGCGGAGGACGCGGUGGAGCCUUGGCAAGGUGAGCGCGAGGCUGGGCUGCGACUUUGAGGUUUGCUGGCGGCUCUCUUGGCCCUUGCAGGGUAAUCAGAAUGCAGACUCCAGUAGCUCUCAUGGCCUCGCCAGCACUGUUUCGCUGCUGUUCUCGAGCUCUGAGCAGACCAGUCUCUCUGUCUCUAUUGAGUAGGCCAGAGACUCAAACUAUACAGCCUUUUGGUGCUUCCCAGCUUCAGCUGGCUCAUCGGGAAUUCCAGACCAGCACCAUCUCCCGCGAUAUUGAUACUGCGGCUAAAUUCAUUGGUGCUGGUGCAGCCACAGUGGGAGUGGCUGGCUCAGGGGCUGGGAUUGGCACAGUGUUUGGCAGUUUAAUCAUUGGUUAUGCCAGGAAUCCAUCCCUCAAGCAGCAGCUGUUUUCUUAUGCUAUCCUGGGAUUUGCCCUUUCAGAGGCCAUGGGCUUAUUCUGUCUGAUGGUGGCAUUCCUCAUCCUGUUUGCCAUGUAACCGCCUCGGAGCUAUGCUGCUGUCCCCAUGUGGUCUGAGUGUCCUCUCGGGUCUGAGCCUGCCUCCCUUGCUAGAGCAUCACACAUUUAAACAAGAUUUCUCUAAAUAAACAGGAUUCGGUUUUUCUUUUA